UAGUACCUAAUGAGUGAUGAGAGGUCCGCUCUUGGGCAUGGAGAGAUAGGGUUGGAGUCGGCCCCUCCUAGGUCUAGUUCGAGGAGCUCUGGAAUUGAUGGGGAUUCGAUAAGCCAGGCGGUGCUUUCGGCUAGAUCCGAUGACGAUGAGAUGCCGAUUGUCUCGAUGUUCAAGCUCAAGAAGCGAAGAGUCUCUAGGAAGGCGAAGGGGGGUUUUGGGGUUAGGGUUGAGAAUCGCGUAGCCGAGGACGAUUCUGGUGAGAUGGGUGAUACAUUGGCUACCUUGAAGAAGAAGCUCAAGGGUCCUAAGAGGGGUAAAGAUGGCGUUGGUGGUAGUGGUGAGAAUGGUUCCUUGAUGGGGGAUGCCAGAUUGGAUGAUGAGACAGAGAACCGGAGCAAGAGAUUGCGACUUGGUUCAGUGAAAAAAGAUGUGAAGGGAGGUUUGGCUGGGGUUGUUGAUGGUUCAGAUCAUUCUUCCGAUGUGAGUUCUGGGGAUUCGCUUUUUACCUUCAUCCAGAAGGCUCAUUCAGGUUCUGUGAGGAGAUCUCGUUCUGCAGCAAAGCAACAGAAGCCGGUAGAUAGGGUUCAUCAUCAAGGUAUUGAAGAUGGGUUGUCAAUUGCUGGAAUUAACUCGUCAUUUGAUGGAGUGAGGAAACCUGGCGUUGCCAGGAGGAGAGGUAGGAAAUCUCGCAGCAGUACCUCUCAGGCAACCAAGGUGGAGGGUAUGGUUAGUGAGCUUGGUGACAGGAACCCUGUUGAUGAAACUCUGGAAAACCUUUGUAGCACUAGCAUGUCUUUGGCCUGUAAAAGCAGAGGAGGGGCACAGAAGAAAUCUUCGGUUAAGCUGGGUAAAGACACCAAGAUAAGCAUGGAAGGCUCAAAUUCUAGACUUCUCAAGGAAUCUCCAUCUGUUUCUGGCAUUGAAGGAAAAGUUGAGGGUGCUAGGCUUGAUAGUGAUUGUGAUGCCAUUAGAUCUUCUGAAGGAAAUAUUGAAAACUCAGAACUUUCUGGUCUUCAGUCUUAUGGAUCUUUAGGAAUUAAUAACAAGUUGAUCCAGACCUGCAAUGUAGAUCCGCCUCUGAAAGAGGAAGAACAUAAAUUGGAGGAUGGCUUGAAGCCCUGUACUAAUGACAAGAAAAUUCACUUGAAAUGUGAAGCUACUUUGACUAAUGUGCCAAUAUGGACAGAUGUUACUGGCAGAAUUAAACCAUCUUGUGACAAAGAAAAUAUUGCAGAAACUCCUGGGACAAAGCCCUUGUCAUUAAAGGAUGUGAUAAAUGAACCUCUUGAGUUUUCAUGCCCUACUUUGUUUCGAGAUUCAUGUCCUGGAGAAGGACUGGAAGUGUCAGAGGAAUCCAGAAGGCCAGCUAAACUAUUUGUUCAGUCAUUUGAUGUUUUGCCACAAGUAAAACCUGUAAUCCAUCUGACCAGGGAAAAAGUCAUGCCAUGCUUAAAUGAUUGUCAUUCAAAUGAUCAUUAUGAAGGACCGUUAAUUGGGACUAAUGUUGAUGUGGAUUGUCCAGAUCCAACAUUGGAUACUGAAUUAUUUUCUUUACAUGAAAACAGGAUUUCAGACAACAAUGCAGGGUGUGAUGGAGACUUACUGCCAUAUUCUUUAAGCGUAAAGGAAUCUUCAGGAUCCCUUAAUCAGAGCGCUAUGAUAUCUGCUGUAGCAGUACAGCUGUGCAGUAACUCAUGUUUUGAUGAUGGGUUCAAAGAAAACUUGAGUGGUCCUCAAGGUUUGUCUGCUGCAGAUGUAGGUGAGAAACAGGAAGAAAUUCAAAAUAAUUCUGAUGUUUUAGACCAAUUUCCUCUUAAUGAUCCUUUACCUGGCUCUGGAGUUAGUUUUGGCCACUUGACAAUGGAAGAAAAAUUGGGAAUUAAUGAUGGUUUAUCUGAAACAGCUCGUGUGAAUUUAUCCCUUGCUACAUCAGCAACGGCCAAACUAUCAGCUUCUGCUUUCCCUUCCAAUUGUGAGGCAUUUCCCACAGGUGGUAAUUCUGUAGAGCAAUCUGUUGAAGGGGCUCCGUUGAUGAACCAAUGUUCUCAUGAUGCUUCAAACGAACAAUUUUCUAGUCCUGAUCAGUUAAUCAAAAGGGAUAACGGUGCAACAUAUCCUCAGAGCAAUAUGGUUGAUCUAGUGGAAACUCAUCUAACUGCCACAGCUUCAGUGUCUGAAAUUGAUGAUGCAGAUCAGCAAUCAACACUUCCUCGGGUAAUGCGGAGUGUAAAGAAACGUCGACAUGGUGACAUGGCCUAUGAAGGAGAUGUUGACUGGGAAGUUCUAAUCCAUGAGCAAGGAUUGUUUGCAAAUACAUGUCUUGUCGAUGGAGACAGGCCUCCCAGAAUGAGUGGGAAAUCUGAUUCCCACUUAAACAUAUUGGUUGAGGCUGCUGAUGUGAGUACAUCAGCAGUAGCAGCUGGUUUGCGAGUUUCUGCUGCUGGCCCGCUUGAAAAAAUAAUAUUCAAGGAUAUCUUCAAGCGCAAAGGUGGUCUUCAGGAAUAUCUGGACUGCAGGAAUUCAAUUUUAGGCCUUUGGAGUAAAGAUGUUAACCACGUAUUGCUUCUUGAGGAUUGUGGUGUAUCCCAGAUUCCUUCAGAAAAUGAAUCACAACAUGCAUCUCUUAUUCGGGAUCUUUACAUGUUUCUAGACCACAAUGGUUAUAUAAAUUCAGGAAUUGCUUCUGAAAAAAAGGCUGGACCUUCUUUGUCUCGGUCUGAAUAUGCAAAAGAAUCCAAACUGAAGGAAGCCUUCGGAGAGAAAAUCUCUGGUGCUGAUGGUGAAGCUGCAUUGGCUCUUAGCCAGAAGGUUUCUGAAAAAAUAACAACAGACAGGUUGGAUGUACAGUUAUCUGCCCAGAUAAAAUCUAGAGGUUUACCCAUUGAUAGUAUGUCGCAACCUUCAGAUAUUCCAUGUGAAACAACCAAAAUGAGUGAGUCUUGCUCUCUCAUGAUGGGUGACCAGGAUAUUCAAGGUGAGGAUGCAGAUGGAGGAUUCAAGAGCACUGCUUUUAAUGCUCAUACUGCUGAUCCAUCUUCUGAAGUUAACGAUCGCAGACCAGGUCCUGUUGUUUCCCUGAAGAUGAUAGAAGUUUCCUUGAGUAAGUUUCAACCCACUGAAUCGGAAGGGGGAAAGUAUGCAUGUGAAGAAAUUACUGGGGAUGGUCCUGCUGUUACACAUUCUACCGGUGCAUGUUAUAGUAGUGUAUCUGAUUUAGAUGUCAACAAGAAAAUAGUUGUUAUUGGAGCUGGUCCUGCUGGCUUAACUGCAGCUCGCCAUCUGCAGCGCCAAGGUUUUUCUGUUACUGUACUUGAGGCUCGAGAUAGGAUCGGAGGUCGUGUUUAUACAGACCGUUCCACAUUUUCAGUUCCUGUAGAUCUUGGUGCUAGCAUUAUUACUGGUGUUGAAGCUGAUGUUGCUACUGAAAGAAGGCCAGACCCCUCUUCUCUAGUUUGUGCUCAGUUAGGUCUGGAGUUGACAGUUUUGAACAGUGAUUGUCCACUUUAUGAUUUAGUCACCGGUGAGAAAGUGCCUUCUGAUCUGGAUGAAGCUCUGGAAGCAGAAUAUAACAGUCUCCUAGAUGAUAUGGUUGUAUUUGUUGCACAGAAUGGUGAGGGUGUAAUGAGAAUGUCACUUGAGGAUGGAUUAGAAUAUGCUCUUAGGAAGCGUCGCACAUCGCAGCCAUCAUCAAAUGCUGUGCAAUCUGAUCGAAUCAAUUUGUUUUCUGAAACUGGCAACAUGGAUAUUGUGAUGAGAACUACUGAUGGUGGAAUCACAGGUGAUGCUAAUGAUCUUAAAGGAAACAUUAUGAGUCCUCUUGAGAGGAGAGUGAUGGAUUGGCACUUUGCUAAUUUGGAGUAUGGUUGUGCUGCUUUGCUCAAGGAAGUAUCUCUUCCUUAUUGGAAUCAGGAUGAUGUAUAUGGAGGAUUUGGAGGGCCUCAUUGCAUGAUUAAAGGUGGUUACAGUACUGUCAUUGAAAGUUUAGGAGAUGGACUUGAUAUUCACUUAAACCAUGUAGUUACUGAAAUUAUAUAUAAUGAGGAUUCUGAUGGAAGUGGUCUAAAUCCAAACAAAGUGAAAAUAUGUACAUCAAAUGGUAUGGUCUAUGAGGGAGAUGCUGUAUUAAUAACUGUGCCACUUGGGUGCCUAAAGGCAAAUACCAUCAAGUUCUCGCCUAUCUUGCCAAACUGGAAACAGUCUUCUAUACAGAGACUUGGAUUUGGUGUGCUGAAUAAGGUAGUAUUGGAGUUCUCUAAGGUCUUCUGGGAUGAUACUGUGGAUUAUUUUGGUGCUACUGCAGAAGAAACAGGUCAAAGGGGUCAGUGUUUUAUGUUUUGGAACGUCAAGAAGACAGUUGGAGCACCUGUGCUUAUAGCACUUGUAGUUGGAAAAGCAGCUAGAGAUGGGCAAAAUCUUAGUGCAUCGGACCAUGUUAAUCAUGCUCUGUUUGUCCUCCGUAAGCUAUUUGGUGAAGCUUCUGUACCUGAUCCUGUUGCAUCAGCUGUGACAAAUUGGGGCAUUGAUCCUUUCAGCAAGGGUGCUUACUCUUAUGUUGCUGUAGGGGCAUCUGGGGAAGACUAUGAUAUUCUGGGAAGGCCCGUAGGCAACUGUUUGUUCUUUGCUGGUGAAGCAACCUGCAAGGAGCAUCCAGAUACUGUUGGUGGGGCAAUGAUGAGUGGUCUUCGAGAAGCAGUACGGAUUAUUGAUAUCUUAGUUAAUGGCAAGGAUUAUGCUGCAGAGGCGGAGGCAAUUGAAGCUCUACAGAGACGGUCAGAGAGUGAAAGAAAUGAAGUGAAGGAUUUGGCAAAGAGAUUUGAUACAUGCAAACUUUCCAGUGCUAUUUACUCUUCAGAUGGGAGGAAUGUCUCAUUUUCAGAGAAAGCUUUACUGAAGGAUAUGUUCUCCAGUGCAAAAACUACAUCAGGUCGUUUACAUCUGGCUAAAGAGUUGUUGCGGCUUCCUGUUGAAGUUCUGAAGUCAUUUGCUGGCACCAAGGAAGGACUUAGUGUGCUUAACUCUUGGAUACUUGAUUCUUUAGGAAAGAAUGCCACUCAACUCUUGCGUCAUUGUGUCCGAUUACUUGUGAUUGUGUCAACUGAUUUGUUAGCUGUUCGAUCAUCUGGGGUUGGGCGUACUGUAAAGGAGAAAGUUUGUGUGCAUACCAGUAGAGAUAUACGAGCUAUAGCUAGCCAGUUGGUCAAUGUUUGGAUUGAGGUCUUUCGCAAGGAAAAGGCCGCUAAUAGAGGAUUAAAAUUAUUGCGGCAAACAACUUCGUCAGAAUCAUCAAAGGUCAGAGCAAGGGACCUGUCAGGAAAGCCAACUGUACACAAUAAUAUUGAAUCAUCAGAUAGCAGAGGAAACCCGCAUGCCUGUCCUGCAGAAAGCCAGUCACCUUCUAAGGUAAAUCAUAAGAAAACCAAUAGCAGGGCACCAAGUCUGGAAAGAUUGAUGGACUCAAAAUGUUGCGCUAUCUCAUCUCAUUCUGAGAGUGAGAUACAAGGUGUAAUUGCCGAGGUGAACUGUGUAAGAAUGUCUGAUGAGGAAGCUGCUGCCAUUGCUGCUGCUGAAGCUGCACGUGUGGCUGCAUGUGCUGCAGCGGAGGCAUACGCGUCUUCAGAAGCAGAGAUUAGCACUUUGCGGGAGCUUCCAAAGAUACCAUCAUUCCACAAAUUCGCAAGACGUGAACAAUAUGCGCAGAUGGAUGAUUCUGAAUUUAAAAAAAAAUGGUUGGGGGGAACAUUCAGUAGACAGGACUGUAUAUCUGAAAUAGACUCCAGGAACUGCAGAGUUAGAGAUUGGUCUGUUGAUUUUGCUGCAACCUGCAAUAACCUCAAUCAUUCAAAAAUGUCCAGUGAUGACGCACAGCUAAGUGGUUCAAAUGAAAUUGCAUGUUCUAUUAAUCUUAGAGAGUAUUCGGGGGAAAGUGGAGCUAUGGAUUGUAGGUUUACAAGAGCCUGGGUGGAUACAGAUACGGCUGGUGGUGGAGGUGUCAAGGAUCAUCUUGCCAUUGAGAGGUGGCAAUCACAGGCAAUGGAUGCUGAUUUUUUCAACUCUAUGCACAUAAAGGAUGAAGAAGAUUCGAAUAAAAUGAUCAAGCUACCUUCUGUAAAGGAUCAGAAACAAAGUAAUGAAAGUUCUGCAUCAUGGGCAGCAGCCACCAAAUCAUCAAUAGGUCAACCAAGAGGUCGUGAGCAUAUUAAACAAGGUGUUGUGGAUUAUGUAGCAUCGCUACUCAUGCCAUUGUAUAAAGCUAGGAAGAUUGACAAGGAAGGAUACAAAUCGAUAAUGAAAAAGACAGCAACUAAGGUAAUGGAACACUGUACAGAAGCAGAAAAAGCUAUGACUGUUGUAGAGUUUCUAGAUUUCAAAAGGAAGAAUAAGAUCCGAUCAUUUGUUGACAAGUUAAUUGAAAGGCACAUGGCAAUGAAUUCAACUGCGAAGACUUGAUGCUUUGAUUUGUUCUCUUCUGAGUUAUUUGCCUUCUGGAGUUCCUGUAAUUUAUCUGCGUCCUGCUGAGCAUGCAAAGUGAAAUGACUGAUUUGUCUUCCAGUUUACUCUGAUUUACAGAGUUGCUAUUGAAAAUCACUGGCUGGAUUCUUCAUUCAGUGUGUGGAUCUUUUGGCAGCUAGUUAAAAAUUCACCAAGAACAGGUGUGAGAACUGAAGUCAUCAGCCUAGUUGUGCAAUUUGUUUGGAUUGUGAGUUGCUGGUAUUAUCAUCUCCCUCUUGAAAACAACGGUGUGCUUUUCUUCUGGUUGCUUUGGAGUUGUGAAAAGUUGAUGUGACUGAUCAACUAGUCCUUUGGUUCUGGAGCAAGUGCAGUUCUGUGGUAUUCAUCUUCACUCAGGAAUGCCUAGGUUUUAAUUUUGGGAUCAAUUGGGUUGUAUGAAGUUAUCAUGGAGCUUGUAUUCUAUAGGUCAAGAUUAACCCUAUUCUUUUUUUAGAGAUCCCAUACAUUAACAUCAGUUCUAGAUGCUUUUUUUUUUCUUUUUUUUGUACAGUCAGAUUUUUAUCCUAACAACAAUGGCUUAACAAAAUGUUCUUUUAGCCCUCUUGAAUUUAGAGGUUGACUUUCAACUUUGAAUAGAAAAUCAGUUAUUGCCAUUUGCUUGAGA